UGACUUAGAAAACCUGUUUCGGUUUCACACAAUUCAGUAGGAAGACAAGGUCUUUUACUGUGAAUGAAAAUUAAUUAAGCUCUUGUCCAGCAGAAGUACUGAGAAUCAGCACAUAAACGCUUUUCUAGUAAACAUGUCCCAAGGAAAAUGUUGUGUAUCUGGAUACACAUUUUGAUCUUGAUGACUGCUCGGCUUCAUUCUCAGUCCUUCAGAGUUUUAAGGAUUCUGCAGAACCAAAAGCCUCAUACCAGAAGUGCUACUGACCAUAACUACAGCUAAAACCAGAAGGAAAUGAGUUGCCUCCGUGCUUGCUUCAGAGACAGAGGUCUUCCCACAGAAACAGAAGCUAUGAAAAGGCAAGGCUUUGGUCAGGAGCAUGAGAUUAUUGAAUUACAAGAAGAUAACAUGAAGGAAAGUGAGGCUGAUCAGGAUAAGCCUCUAAAUGGCCAAUCAAGAAAGGAGAGAGAUGACUGGAAAUCAUGCAGAAAAAUAGUUUUCUGGAAGUGUAAACUGUGGAUGGUUAUAACUACAAUUUUUCUAGUAUUCUUCCUGGUCAUUCUCAUCAGCCUAAUUCUUUAUUCUAAUGUUUACACAGAUGAGGAUGACUAUUGGGAUACUGAUGCACUACUAAAUACUGGAAAUUAUCGCAAUUUUUCAGGAACAUUGGAGUUAAUGUGUGGUCUGCCACACCUUUUCUCUGAAGACAUUACUAAGAGGUUAAGUGAUGUCUACAGUUCAUCUCCAGCUCUAGGACGCUACUUUAGGUCAGCUCAGGUGGUUUAUUACAGUAAUGCAAGCUCCACUGUAUUUUAUCAGCUAGAGUUUUCUGUACCACCAUCAACAGAGGGUUUUAUGGAAAACACAAUGAACCCAGAUUUUAUAAGGAAUGUUUUACGUCAAAAUAUUUAUGAUGAAGAAGAUACUUUUAAUCCCGAGACAUCAGAAUGCGACACAUUAAAGCUUGAUCCAACUUCUCUCACAUUAACGUAGUAAUGGUGGAAGGACUCCUCAUAUUCCUCACCACCUAGAAGAGAUGGAUUUCUCCUGUCUAUCAGUAAUCCCAGGGUGGGGAGCUAUUCAUUUGGUAGAAACACUUCUAAAGAUGUAAAAGUCUUGUAAAUAGUGUCUGUGAUGCAGUAUUUUAAACAGAAAAUGUGGUAUAUUUAUAACAGUGUUGUACUCCUAGAACAUUACUACCUCCUUCUUUAUUAUCAUCUUAAUAUAUUAACAACUGUUUUCACUCUUGUGAAAACUAUGCAUCUUGCCUGAUGCAUGUUUUGUUGACUUUGAAAUCUCUGCUUUACUUUCCCUUACUACUAAGUCCGUGUUCAUUGCAUGAACUUCAAAAGCACAUGGCUCCUUUCUUCUGCUCUUAGCUUAUCCAAAAUUAUCUACACAGCUUCAUCCUUAAUGCUCUAUUCCACCCAUGCUCCAGUCUGUUACUUUUCUCAUGCCAGCUUCAUGUGCCAUGCUUCUCUGUUGUUCUUUCCCUCAAAACAGCCUGAAAACUUAAGUAACCUUUCUAUUUUCUUUAACUACGUGCAAGACCUUUGCACUAGUUUAAGUGGAUUUCAUCUCUCAUCAUUUCUUUGUGCAUCCUGCAGUCUUCCUGGAUAAGAUGGUAUCUGCUCUAUUUUUUGCUCCUGCAAAGUAAAAUAGAAAUGAAGAAAGAAGAAAUGUUGUGAAGAAGCUUGUUUUACUCACUAACACAUCUAAACUCAAGAGGAAUCUUGAAGGGGUCAGUUUAGCUGUGUUCUUUAAUGGUUACUGGUGCAUGUAAACAGGCCGUUAUUUGACCUGCAUUUGUAAAUUCAAAGUGAAACUAGUCUAUACCUUAAUUGUACUCCCUACCUCUGCUGUGGAGCUAAAAAAAGAACAGAUGCAAUAUAUUUGCCUUAAUAAGGCAGAGAAUAGUUGUUCUCGUUAACAAGAGAUCGGGUGAGUGGUACCAGUGGGAAAAGGAAGGUGUUGAAGGAGACCAUGUAUGCCGGUGUGGCAUGAGACUUAUAGCCAGUAACUGGCUAUAACAUGAAAAUUAAAAAUUAAGCAUUCAUUUUACACAGAAUGUGAUGGAUUCACUACCAUUUUAGUGAAGUAUAGCUUCUCGUCAUUUGUUUAUAGCCAGUAAAAACAUUAGUUCAGUUGGAUAGUAAAAUUUAUUCUAAGAAAGCUUUCGUAUUGUGGAAAUAUCAUAUGGGAAAGUGUAUUUUUCUUUUUCUAAUAUUACUAGUUUAUUUAAAGAGUAAUCUGAGAACUUUACCAUGCAUUAAAUUAUU